UUCCGCAAACACGAGAGAUGUCAGCUGGCUGAGAGAGAUGACAGGAACACACCAAAAAUAAACAACCGCAGACAAACAUUAAUCGACGCGAAUGUUUUUCGAGCUUCAGAAAAUAAAUCUAAAAAGUCAACGUGAGCCGGGUAAGCAGAAAUGUAUUGACUAUCGAGCUGACUGACAAAAUAACAGCAACUGCAUGAAUGCAAACACAACAGAUCAAGUGGAUCAUUUGUCAUGUAUUUGGAUGCACAUUUUGCAUAAAAUGGACUAACUGGAAAGACUGAAGACCAAGGACCCGAGAAAUAUGUUUCAAACUUCUUGUUACAGGAAAUAGUUUUGCCUCAAUAAAUGUUAUAUACAUAGUUGUCUAUUCCGGCAGCUUGUCGCGUUUGUUUGUUGUUUUUCAAGUUAAACUUGAUGAAUUCAUAUUGUCAGGCCUGUCAGAGCUCUUUGCCACUCCUAGCAUUGACUGUUUGCAGGAAGUCACUCAUGCACAAUAGAGUGCUCACAACGGAAGACGGCAGCAGUUUAUGAGUAAUCCAUUAAAGAUCUUUUGGAGCAAAAGACAGCGAUCAUGUGGCUGCAGCAGAGAUUAAAGGGCCUGCCUGGUUUGCUUUCGAGCAGCUGGGCCCGCCGUGUUUUAGUUGGAUUACUGCUUUUUUUCUUUUUUUACUGGUACUUGAGCUCAGAUGGGAUCCUCAAGUUUCUGAGCCUCUCCGGGGAAUCUAGGGGAGCUGCGGGGGUGUGUUUGCAGAAUGAUAUUCACAGGUGGAUGUCCCUGGUUGACAGGGGAGAGGGAGUGGUGUUCACCCCUAAGACAAAAGAAUCAGAACCGUUAGUUGUUGGCAAUGGACAUUUUUUAAUUGAUGUGGACUCCAACAAACUCUGGUUAUCUUCAUCUUCACAGCCUGGCUCUGCACCCGUUCACCAAACAGAUUACUCCCCAAUAGUGAGGCUUCAGAUGCCAGGAGCUCAUCUGGAGGCUAGGGCCAUGAUGCUUUGGUACAGAAAAGGCUCCGUGCUAUCUUCUCGGUGCAUUCUGACGGGUAAUUCUCAGUCAUCUCGUGAUUGCCUCGUUGUGCGAGAGGAGUUUGUCGCCCAUCGAAGCCGACCCAAUGUUUAUCUUCAAAGGAUUCACAUAUCAAAUCCUACAGACCACAUGGUUUCAUUUGACGUGUCCAUGGAGUCUCCUUCGUUUAGGAGCACCAUGGAGAAGAUGGAAGAUAAAGAAUGCGUGCUGUCCUCAGGUAGGGUGCUCACGGAGAAGAAGGAAAUUGUGUUGGUUGUGGUAGCAACGAAGCGUCUGAGUACCAAGAUCCAGAUCCCUGCCAAAUCGGAAUAUUCAGAAAACGUUGUGAGCGUAAUUCAAACCUCAGAGCCCACUGAGGGGACCAAACUGGACGAGACACUCGGCAAGCUCAGAGAAUUAGUCAAGAAAGAGAUGGUGGACGUUCUUCGACCUAAUUUGGAAGAGUUAAUGCAAGAGCAUCAGCAAGCAUGGGUUGAUCUCUUCAUAUCUGGAGUCGAGAUCAGAAAGAUAACAGACACGCACACUCCGUCCAGUCGCACGGUCAACAACACCCUCUACUACAUUCUCUCCACCUCCACAGCACCCCUGCUGGAUCGGAGUCUCACCACAGAAGAGCAUGAGAAGCUGGAGGCGAGUCUGAAUUAUGCUGACCACUGCUUCAGCGGUCAUGCUACCAUGCAUGCUGAGAACCUGUGGCCAGAGCGCCUAACCAACGUAGCUCAGAUUUUACAGCUUGUCAACCUCUGGAAUUUGACAUUCCAGAAAAGAGGCUGCAAGGUGCUUGUUGCAGCAGGCGCUCAUGGUAUGAUGCAGGGCAUGGUGCUUAGUUUCGGGGGUCUGCAGUUCACUGAAAACCAUCUCCAAUUUCAGGCCGACCCCGACGUUCUUCAUAACAGCUAUUCUUUGAGAGGUAUCCAUUACAAUAAAGACCUUAUCAACUUGGCCGUGUUGCAGGAUGUUGAAGGAAAACCAUUCCUUCAUAUGUCUGUCAAACCCCAAGAGAAACCCGUCAAGUUGUACGCCUGUGAAGCAGGGUGCAUGAAUGAGCCCGUGGAGCUGACCUCAGAGCUGCGAGGUCACAUGUUUCCUGUUAUGGUAACCCAGCCAAUAACUCCCCUACUGUACAUCUCCACUGAUCUCACUCACCUUCAGGACCUGAGGCACACCAUGCACGUGAAGGCCAUCUUGGCUCACGAGGACCACAUGGCUAAACAGUAUCCGGGCCUGCCAUUCCUUUUCUGGUUCAGUGUGGCGUCUCUCAUCACACUCUUCCACCUGUUCCUUUUCAAACUCAUCUACAAUGAGUAUUGUGGGCCAGGAGCCAAGCCACUCUUCAGAAGCAAGUCAUCAAUCCCAGAAGGCAAUUGUACUGGAAGUUCUGAUAGCAGGAGAGAAGAACAACUAUAGAUAUAUGUAUAGAGAAAGAGAGGAUGAGGUCACUUCUUGAAGCCUAAUCCAGUGUUUGCAGAAGCAAAACAUAUCUCUGGAUGUCCUCUCAGGAUUGAGUUUGCCUUUAUAUUUUGUGUAUUUAAUUAACACUUGUGAUUGUUGUCCAGUUUGUGUUUAAUGGAUUAUUAGAGUUUGAUAAAGUUUUAUAUUAACAAUAAGGGUAAGAGAUAAAAUUUAUGAAGGAUCUAAACAAGUUUUGAAUGAAUUUAUUUUUGUAGUUUAUGAAGAAAAUACAACAAAAUCCUUGGAAAACGUCUGAUAUGCAACUAUUGUCCUGAUCAUCACAUUUUUGCAUUGAUUUUGUUUUAAUCCCUAUCAUCUGCUGUUAAGUGUAAAGUUGCUACGAGCACUGAACACUGGGACUUCUUAUGAAGUAUUGUUUGUAUGAGAAUGCCAGUUUCCCAGUUUUUUAACAACAUCAAAUGUGUUUCCUAUACCACUCGAUCUGUCAUUUCAGUUUCUCCAUGCAGCAGAAAAUUCUUGAAGGGCAGGUCAUCUACAUACUUGCCCAAAGAAAAGCACAAAGUUGCAUUGUAUAGUAUCUGGAAAUAAAAGAGAAAGAUGAAAAUAAUUUAAGAGACGAUUAUGGAGAAAAACAUUCACGCACAAUGGUGACUCUUGUUAAUGCAUCCCAGUGCAUGUCUCACAGCAGUGAAAGACCUAAUCACUUUUAAAUGAUGGUUUAAACUUUGGCAGCAAACGUUACAUGCAUUUGUAUAAAAAAACUAACUGUCUAGUUGAAAAAUAUGGUAAAAAGCAAUAAUAGACAUGCAGGUUCAAAGAAAACAACUGUUAGCAGAUCACAUAUUUACUUAAUCAGUUUCUGCCAAGUAUUUACAAGGUACUUCUGGCAACUAAAUGGCAUUUUCUGGGAAUUGUGUUUAAAACAUCACAUUGCUGCUUAGAUUACAAUUCAAGUGUAUUUAAAACAAAUAAUGUGCUGGCUCUUUUCUUUUUAUUUAUGUCAUAAACACGUAGUUACAAUUUGAUGUAAUUAUGCUUGUAAAUUAUUAAAUCAAAGAUUCAAUCACCUCAA